ACCUCCCUUCUUUUCUUAAUUUCUCCAUCUCAUUCUCUUUCUUUAUUCUCCUAUAAAUACCUUCCACCAUUAUUUCACUACUAAUCCAUCCUAUUCACUUCAUCAAUCUUAUGCAUAAGUUAUCAAAGAGGCAUCAUAUAUACUCCGAUCCAUACUUCAGUUCAGUAAACACAGUACAUUUUUGUUGCAUACAAAUAAGCUAAGUCAUCCUUAGCAAUGUGCUUGAGAUUUUUAUAGGAAAUUUUGCUUGUGCAUAAGCCUGGAAAGCUUCUGAACCCCAAAAACAAGAAAAUGUCAGAUGAAAUGAUGAUGAUUCCGGUGAGUCGUCUGUCGUCAAUGGUUACAAAUUACAAUGGAUAUGAUGCCGGUUUUGCUUCUUCUUCAGGGUUUUCUGUUGGUCAGCCAAAUCAUGAAGAAGGUCCGCACCCGUUACCGGAGAUCCUUUCAAACACGUCGGAAGGACGACUAAUGCAGCUGCCGACGGCGGCCAACUUCGGCAACAAUGACGACGACGAAGAUAACUCCGUUAAUGAUGAAGGCGCGAAUCAACAGUCUACCAAACGGCCGAAGCCUUACCACCGUCACACUCAGCACCAAAUCCAAGAACUGGAAGCGUUUUUUAAGGAGUGUCCUCACCCAACCGAUAAGCAAAGGAAGGAGCUAGGUCGUCGGUUGGGAUUGGAGCCUUUGCAAAUCAAGUUUUGGUUCCAAAAUAAACGCACCCAAGUGAAGACUCACAAUGAGCGUGAAGAGAACGAAAAUCUUCGGGCUGAAGCUCAAAUGCUUCGGGCCGAGAAUGCCAGGUUGAGACAAGAAUUAGGCGACUUCACUUGCCGACACUGCAAUGGCCCGCUCACCAUCGGAGAAGUGCCGUUUGAUGUAAAUGAGGCCCGGAUGGAAUAUGCAAGACUCAAGGCUGAGCUUGAUCGCGUUUCUUCGAUCACUGCGAAGUAUUUAGGGGAGCCGCCAUUCGCGACCUUCAACGUUUGCUCGCCUCCAGCGACGCCCGGUGCGGGCAGUCAGCAUUUCGGAGCUCCAACGUCGGCAGGGCAGUCAGCCGCCGACAACGUCGGAGAGGCGUAUGGAAGCGGCGGAGAGACUCCAAGAAGCAUGAACUGCCCUGGUGGUGAAGCUCACAAGUCAGUUGUAACCGAACUUGCGGCGGCGGCCAUGGAGGAGUUACUUGAGAUGGCAAGAAUGAAGGAGCCGCUGUGGGUGCCCAGCAUCGACGGCACCACUACUUUGCUAGACCAGGACGAGUAUUUCCGGCUAUUUUCCAGAGGCUUUUCACCAAAACCUCAAGGCUAUAAGACCGAGGCUUCCCGGGAAACUGAAAUCGUGAUUAUAAAUCACUUGCAUCUUGUUGAGACUCUCAUGAAUGUGAGUCAUUGGGCGGCCAUGUUUUCUAGCAUUGUGUCGAGAGCUGUCACUGUGGACGUUGUAUCAACGGGACAUCAGGCAGGAAGCUAUGACGGAGCUUUGCUACUGAUUUACGCUGAAUUUCAAGUGCCAACUCCACACGUUCCGACUCGCUACUGUUACUUCAUCAGAUACUGUAAAAACUUAUUGGAAGGAACAUGGGCGGUGGUCGAUGUUUCCUUGGACCACGUUAAUCUGGUAGGCUGGUGCCGGAAAAGGCCAUCGGGUUGCAUAAUUAAAGAAGUCCCCAAUGGCUACACAAAGGUGACUUGGGUGGAGCAUGUAGAAAUAGAGGAUAAUGAAGUGCACAGUAACAUUUACAAGCCCCUGAUUGAUUCUUGCAUUGUGUUUGGAGCUAAACGUUGGGUGGCGACUUUGGAUCGGCAGUGUGAACGUAUGGCCUGCACAAUGGCUACAAACAUCCCAACUUCUGAUAAUCUGGGUAAUUGCAUGCAUGCACCCAAGAUCGACUUUCUUAGCUUCAAGAUGAUGGAUAUGAUGAUGAUAAUGAUAAUUAUUAUGAAUUUAUUUUGUUUACGUACUGUAACAGCAAUAGCAUCUCCACAAAGCAGAAAGAGCAUCUUGAAGCUAGCGGAAAGAAUGGUGAUUAGCUUCUGCUCGGGUGUAAGCUCCUCCACUGUAGCCCAUGAGUGGACGGUGUUGUCGGGAACCGGGUCCGAUGAUGUCAGAAUCAUGAUCAGGAAAAGCGUGGAUGAUCCCGGCAGACCCUCCGGCCUCGUUCUCAGUGCUUCCACUUCCUUCUGGCUUCCCACCCAACCCAAAAGAGUUUUUGAUUUCCUCCGUAGCGAACACUCUCGGAGCGAGUGGGACAUUCUUUCAAAUUCGGGCACUGUCACGGAAAUGGCACACAUUGCGAACGGCAGGGAAACUGGGAACUGCGUCUCAUUACUGAGAGUGAAUAGUGCGGAUUGGAAUCAGAGCAACAUGCUGAUACUGCAAGAAAGCAGCACAGAUCCUACAGCUUCCUUCGUUAUUUACGCUCCGGUUGAUAUUGUGGCGAUGAACGGCAUCAUGGGCGGCGGAGAUCCGGACUAUGUGGGCCUCCUGCCGUCGGGAUUUGCAAUUCUCCCAGACGGAGCGCUUGCUGGUUCUCUGCUCACGAUUUCGUUUCAGAUAUUGGUUGAUUCAGUGCCGACUGCAAGGCUUUCUGUGGGAUCGGUUGCGACGGUGAACGAGCUCAUACAUUGCACGGCCGAGAGGAUCAAAGCCUCUCUUUCUGACGUGCUAGGGACUUAUGGCUUUCAGUGAAGGAAGAGAGAUGGAAGAAUUAAACAAGUCAAGAGCGCACCUUAGCUUGGUUCCAAGGUUCGUGAAUUGACUUCUUCAUAGGGCAGUUGGAAGGAGAAAAUUAAAAGAGACGUUAUGCUUUAUAUAGAAUAUAUAUAUAUAUAUAUAUAUAUAGGAUCUUUGCCUAUUUUUGGGUUUUAUAUGUUAAGACUCUUGUAAUGCAAUUUGGGAUUAUUUUCUUUAUUAUUAUUAUUUUUUUGUGUUAUUUGGUGUGUUUGAUUUUUUACUGUUGAAUUGAAUCAAUAUAAAUAGUUUGAACUA